AUGCUCAUUGUGAUCGGGAAACUUUCAACGGAUCUUCAGCUUGAUUCAGUGAAAGAACACAUUAAACGGGGUAUCCUGUCAUGGGAGAUUGAUCUGACCAUCUGUGACUUGAACAGGGAACUACAGUUCUUCGAAACAAAACACUCUGCCCAGUUCUCUUCAGAGGUUAAAGGACAAAGACUUUUACAAUACAAGAGUGAUGUCCUUGAGACUGUUGUAUUAGUCAAUCCAUCUGAGGAGAAUAUUGCUAUAGAGAUCAGAACACUGCUCUGUGACUCAGCAAGACACAAGUUGUUGGUCUUAAGUGGGCAGAGUACUGAACAGGGUGGUAAUAUUAUCCUGCAAAGUGGAGUAUUUGGUUGGAAAAAUUUCUCUGCCAUUAUCUCAAGUCAUAGGAUUAAAGCUUUCUUAAACCAGCCACCUGCAGGUCAGCAGGCCUGUUUGACUGUGUCCUGUAAAGGAGAGGGGGGCUGGAGCUCCCUAGGAUACGUACAGGAGCAGAAGCUAUUGGUGUACAGACUGAACCCUGAGCCAGUGCUGCCUGAGAUGGAAGGUGUGACUGAGUUCACAGAAUAUGUCUCCGAGACAGUGGACGUUCCCUCUCCAUUUGAGCUCCUGGAAGCACCAACCUCAGGAGGGUUCCUCAAGCUGUCCAAGCCAUGCUGCUAUAUCUUUCCUGGAGGACGGGGAGAUUCUGCUUUGUUUGCAGUCAAUGGCUUUAAUAUUUUGAUAGACGGUGGGUCAGACCGAAAGUCUUGCUUCUGGAAGCUGGUCAGACAUUUGGACAGGAUAGAUUCUGUUCUCUUGACCCAUAUAGGAGCAGAUAAUUUCCCUGGCAUAAAUGGAUUGUUACAGAGAAAAAUUGCAGAGCAGGAAGAAGAGAAGACCCGUGGCUCAAAUGCCUAUGGAGACUGGAUGAAAAAUCUGAUCUCACCAGAGCUUGGUGUUGUGUUCUUUAAUGUUCCUGAGAAGCUAAAAAUGCUUGAAACAACACUUAAAACAAAGAGGAGCAUUGAGGAGGCUUCUCUCACACUGCAAUACCUUCAUAAACUGGGCAUCAAACCCGAACCUCUAUACAGAGUUCAGAGCAACACGAUUGAGCCUUUAACACUCUUUCACAAAUUGGGUGUUGGUAAAUUAGACAUGUAUAUUCUAAACCCUGUCAAGGACAGUAAGGAAAUGCAAUUCUUCAUGCAGAAGUGGGCUGGUAACAGUAAAGCAAAGACUGGUAUUGUCCUGGAAAAUGGCAAAGAGGGUGAGAUUUCUGUACCUUACCUCACUUCAGUAACCGCUUUGGUUGUGUGGGUGCCUGCAAUUCCAUCUGAGAAGAUUGUGAGGGUACUGUUUCCUGGAAAUGCCCCACAAAACAAAAUAUUUGAGGGCCUAGAAAAGCUGAGACAUCUUGAUUUCUUGCAAUAUCCAGUAGCCACACAAAAGGAUAUGUCAUCUGGAGCUCCAUCUCCACUGAUGAAACAAACUAAAAUAAAGCUAAGAACUGAUAGCAAAGAAAGUCUUAAAUUGUCACCCAAAAUGUCUUCCACAACAAAAGCAAGCAAGAAAGAGGCGAAUGAAGACAUUGAAUCAAAGAGUGACUCGGUAAAGGAAAACAAAGUUGAAAAGAAAGAGAAGAAAAUAAAAGAGAGUGUUAAAGCUCCAAAACCACUAAAGCCCAAGACAGCAUCACCCGAUUCAGUUAAACAAGAGAAAAAGAAGCUCCAGAGAGAAAAAUCUCCCAAAAAACACAUCAAUGAGAAGGCUUCCAAGAUGGAGGAAAAGAAAGAUCAAGAGAAGAAAGACACAAAGAAAGAAAAGAUAGAUGUAAAGAAAGAAGACUUAGUUAAAAAAGAACCCAAGAUUAAGGAGGAGAAGAAAAAGGAAAAAGAAAAAAUAAAGCCAGAGUUGAGAAAAAUGACUAAACCUGACUUAAGGCCCUUCACCCCUGAGGUCAGGAAGACCUUGAACAAAGCAAAGGUUCAAGCUAAGCCUAAACCAGAGAAAACUAAAGCUGUGAAAGAGCAAGAAAACAGGCCAGCUGCCAAGCAAGCUUCAAUGGAGAAACAGGAGAGUGACAGGUCUUUAGUUUCCUCCCCAGAGGAUCUUACCAAGGAUUUUGAAGCCUUGCGACAUGAAGAGGAGCUUUACAAGACUGCAGAGAGCAAAAUACUCUCAAAUCUGCAGUCUUCAGUGGACAAUGUUGUCUUUCACAUUGUAUCUCCUGAUGAGGGAAUAACUACAAUGGAUGUUGAAACAGAGUCCCCUCAUGAGGAGAGGGUGCCUUAUGGAGAAAGCACAAGUAAAUUCCCCUCUAAAACUGAUACCACAAGUAAAUUCCCCUCUAAAACUGAUGACAAAUUUGAGGGUGAAGGUGUUGCUACAGAAGAUUACAUAGAGGAUGAAUAUACCACAAAACUGAAAAGUGCUAACACGUAUGACUUUAUGGAUAAGAAGGAGUUUGAAAUGAAACCCAAAAAGAGUGACAGUGAAGAGAAUGAGGAUGUGAUUGAGAAAGCAGAGCUAGAGGAAGCUGAGGAUAUAGUACAUGAGGAGGAGCUCAAGUACAAAUCAGAUGAGGCUAAGAAAGAGAAACUCACAAAGGACUGGGAGACAAAACAAAGUGACGUUUUAUCUGCCAAACCUUUGGUAGCUGCAGAGCACAUUUCUUUCAUCCAAGAUGAGACCAUUCCAGGUUACUCUGAGACAGAGCAGACAAUCUCUGAUGAGGAGAUUUAUGAGGAGACAGAGGAAAGAAUCCAACAUCUCCAAUAUGAUGUUGGCUCUUAUGACAUCUCAGUUCCUGAUGAACCAGGGACUUUUGACAGCAUCCAUGGCAUGAAACCACCAACCAUAUCUGUUGCAUCUGAGUUCUCAUCUAAGGGAUUUGCAGUAGACCAGGAGCCAGUGUUGUCAGCUUAUGCAACCAAUAUAGUAGCAGCUCCAUUGGCUGAAGAAGAGCAUAUAUCGUCAGCCACUUCCAUCACUGAAUAUGACAAAUUAUCAUCCUUUGCGACAUCUGUUACUGAAGAUCAGUCUAUAGCAUCAGUGACAGCACCACCCACUGAAGAAGCAGGAAAAAGCUCAUUACUCUUGGAUACUAUAAAUAGUAUUCCAUCGUCUGUACAGACAAAUGUCACUCAAGGAAAGGAGUACCUGCACUCUGCUGGAACUAUUUCUCCAACUUCUUCUUUAGAGGAGGACAAAUGUUUUAAAUCACCUCCAUCAGAGGAAUACCAACCAAUUGUGCCAGAAAUGGAAACUACUAGGAAGGCUACCACUCACACAAAUUAUGUUGAUGAAGAGGAAGAAGAAGAGGACGAGGAUCAGACACCAAAUGUUGACAUGUCACUUGGAAAACUCCAUGAGGGUUACUCAUUUGCUGCCAUGGCCCAAGACAGGGAAAAAGCUUCAGAUAAGUCUCCAUCAACAGAACCUCUUUCUUCUCCUGUGAUGUAUGCUGGCACACAAGAAAAAGAUGGAAUUGUUCUUACUCUCUCUGAGGAUGAACCUAAAUUAGCGAUCCCCGACAGAGGUUUGUCCUCCUCACCAAAUUUGCCUUGCACCUCAGAGACAAGUCAUAUCUCAGAGAGUGAGGAAAGAUGUCUCAGCCCAGAUGACAGCACUAUGAGAUUUGCAUCACCCACACAAUCAGGACCUACCAGUGGUAGCUACUCUCCAACUGAGGAGAGGACACAAAAGUCACUGAUUAUGGACAAAGAGGUAACAAGAAAAGAUGCUACUGCUGACAAAACGUCUGUGAAAAUAAUUGGUAAUGAAGUGGACCCUUUCAAAAAGGGGUUCUCCAACAAUAAGGCUGUAAUAUAUGACUCGAAUGAAGAGGAAGAAGAGAAAGAUGAUUAUUAUGGAAAGGGAAGCUAUAAAGAGUGUGUUACAACUAAAUACAAAGAGGAGAGGGAAAGCACAUUUCUUGAUGAAGAAUACACCUGUGAGGCAACACCCUUAAAGGAAGAGAAACAAUUUGGAAAAGAAAAAGAAGCUGUGGAUAAAGAAGAUAAACCACAAAAUGUGAGCUUUUUGGGCCAUGUGCACACAUCUAAGAUGCUCAGUUCAGGAGAGGAAGAAGAAAGUGAAACUGAGGACGGUACUUUCUCAAGCAUUAAAGGACCCCAGGGCAAGUUAGAUUCCAUGUUAGCAGACCAGGGCAAAAUCGAUGUGUCAUUCUCAGAGGUAGAUGAUCCAAAAGGGAUCACUAAUGACAGUGAUAAAAGUGUUCACUUCAACUUGUAUUCCUUCCCUGAGAAUGAGAAAGGCCUCAAAGGACCUGAGAGGGUGGUUAGGCAAGAUACACCCUAUGUUGGAAAGAGCUUUACCUACUCUGAUGUAUACGAUAGUAAAUCAAGUUCAGUGGAUUCAUACUCUCCCAGUCAGCCAUCUGACCACACAUUUGAUGAUACUGAUUUUGCUCUAAAGAAAACAGAGAAAGGGGGUUGCCUGGAUUCUUUAACUGGCAAUAUUUCUGACCUUAAACAAUCACAUGAAAAAGAAAUAUCAGCUUCAUAUAGUGAAACACAAAAUAUCUAUGGGGCAUCACCAUUUAAGGACAUGUCAGAAGGCCCAUUCGUUGAGAAAAUAAAUAAAGCUGAACAGGAGACAGAUGAGAAAACUUCCCAUUCUGUUCCAACAGAGAGAGACCCCUUUUCAGUUCAAUUUGAAAAGCCUGAUUUCAGCAGGAUGGGUGAGAUUGGAGCAGCACAAUCAGGCCAAUAUGCAGAUGACCGUGUCACCUCUAAUUUAAAUUUCAAAAUUACCACUUCUGUGGUAGGCCAAUCUGCAGUUAGCACAAAAGAAUUCCUGGCUGAAGACAUGAAGAUGUUUGCUGAUGGAGAGGAAGAAGAAGAUGAGGAGGAUGAAGAUGAUGAGGAGGAGGAGGAGUUGGAUUAUGGAGAGCAUGCAAGUGAUAGUGACGUGGAGAAAGGUUCUAAAGGUGGACCAGAGAAAGAUUUCCAGAACCCAAUGAGUAGUGUCACCGGCACUGUCCCUAGUCAAUUUAAAGAUGAAAAGAAAGAGACCAUUUCACAUGACCAUAGAUUUGGCUCUGACAUUUAUGGCAAACCUCUAGAUUCAUCAACAUUUGAAUCCACUGCCAGCCACGAGGGCCCCAAAGAAUCAAUGUUAACUGCGAAAGUUAAUACCUCAUCUUUACCUACUGAAAGUCACAUUAUGGGCACCUUUGGAUUUGAACAUUCUUCCAGUGAGGAGAAAGAUGAGUUUGUAGAAAAGGAUAAUAAAGAUGUUCUGUCAUAUCUACCAGUGUCAACAAGGUCUGUUGAUCACAACGAUAGCAAAGAUCUUGAGUCUGUCAAGCAAAAGACACCAGAGGCAUUGGAGAAAAAAAGUGGAGACGCAGUUACGUUGGGUUUCAGUUACACAACAUCAGCCACAGCAUAUUCCUCUUCCUCUUCUUACAGUCAUUCCUCUUCGGCCUCUGCAUCUCUGUCCACUAGCCGCCAGUUUGGAGAUGAGGUCGAGACUCCAGCCAGCACUGGAUAUGAGUACUCAUCUUUUAAAGAUGAACAUUCACCAGUAAUGGAUUCACCCUUCUCCAGUUCUUGUGGGCAGGUAAAGGAUGAAUAUUUAGAAGUGUCAGAGAAGUUUACACCUGCAACAACAACAGCUGAAUCAACCUCAAGCCUUGCGAGAUUCUCACCAUUAUCACCCUUUGAAGAGAUCAAACCUUUACCACCACACACUGGUGUAUGUAUAGGUGAUAAGAAAGAUCCUGCAAGCACUGCAAAACAUAUUUCAGAGAAAGGACCACAGAGUCAAUGCUUUUACAAGCCAGAGUGGGAAGAUGACUCAAGAUUACAAGCUGAACUUGGUGCAACUGGACCGUAUUCCUCUCUCCCGGAGUCCACACAGAAGGACUCAUUGCCUGAAGGUCUAUAUGGUGCUUCAUCAACACUUCAUUAUGAGUGCCCUGAAAAACAGUUCUACGAAGACACUGAGAGUAGUGAAGAAGAGGAUGAAUAUAUGUAUGAAACUGAACAUGAUAAACUACAGUACCAAAUAUCUGCAGCACAAAUGGACAAGAAAGAUGCCACCUAUUCUUUGGAUGAGAAACUAACAAUGGACAAACCUUCUGGUAUUGGAAGCACUAUUCCAAAUGUGCUUACUUCAUAUACUUCCUCUUUCCCUGAGCCCACAAAACCAGACACUGUAAAUGGGCCUUCAGAAAUCAGUGUGAGUGCACCAGAGACUUUUGGUGGAACCAGCAAGGUGGGUACAAGCUUAACAAAUAUAGAGAUAAAAGGCCAAGAAUUUGACACUAAAACAAUUAGGAGCCCAAGUGAAUGGGAGAUACCACAGAAACAAGACGUCUAUCCAGGGGCCUCUCCAACUCUUUAUCGACAUCAGGAUGAGUAUGAAGAAGAAGAUGAAGAGACAGAGCCAGAGCACCUAGCCCGUCCUGUUUCCCUCUCAUCCACAGACCAACCAUUCCACUCCUCUCAUUACACAGACAACCCAAGCAAACAGGGUGAAAACUCAGACCAUCAUUCAGAUGUUGGUUUCCAUCCACAUUCAUCCAAGGCUUCCCCAGGUUAUUCGUCCUGCGAGUACAAGCAGAGGAGGGGAGACACAUCUCCAUCAUUCAUCAACCCAAGCUUGUGUCAACUUUCAAGUGACGAGGAGAACGAGGAACAGACAAGGCAUGCAUCUGAUCAACAGCAGCCUUCUGGCAAGAUGAGAUCUCACAAUCAGCCUCACCACCAUUUACACAGUCAACAUGGCGAGGACAGCGAAUCACAGCCCUUCUCUGGAGCCAUGACUGCUGGGAUUAAUGCCAGCAGGGAGGACACACCUCCAACCUCAGUCAGUGAUCAGUUACAUUCCCAAUCAGAUUCUGAUGUUCCACCGAUCACAGCAGAAGGAAACAUUGACUCGGAUGAGGAUUCAGAUUACCUGCCUGUUGAUAAAUCAUCUGGAGCUUUUGGUGGAAAACAUUACUCUAGGUCACCUGAAAAAAAUCCUGAUCCCUUCCCCUCACCAGUGAUGGACCCUGCCCCUUAUCCCCCUCACCCAGAUGUGUGUAUGGUAGAUCCGGAGGCACUGUCAAGCCUAACAGACAAACCGCUUAAGAUAGAUACCAAAGCAAAGGGUUUACGUAAAUCAGGCAAGACAAAGUCCUCAUCUCCAGCUAGGAAGCCUAAUGCCAGUUGGAAGAAGUCCCCAUCCAAGGACUCCUCCACACACACCACCUCUCUUAAGAAGAAGGACAUAGAGGAUGAUCUGUCAAGGUCAAGCCACAACACUGGCAAAGGCCUCACCAAUGGUUUCAAGAACAGCGCAGGUUCUAAUUCUGCAAAAUUCAGCACAGCUGGUCUUCCUGUCUAUGUGGAUCUGGCCUACAUUCCCAAUCACUGCAGUGCUAAAAAUGUGGACCAAGAAUUCUUUAAGCGUGUUCGUUCUGCAUAUUAUGUAGUGAGUGGAAACGACUCCAGCAGUGGAGAGCCGAGCCGGAGUGUACUAGAUGCCUUGCUAGAGGGAAAGGCACAGUGGGGAUCCAAUUUACAGGUGACAUUAAUACCUACUCAUGACACAGAAGUUACCCGAGAUUGGUAUCAACAGACCCAUGAGAAACAACAGGAGCUGAACAUCAUGGUCCUGGCCAGCAGCAGCACAGUAGUAAUGCAAGACGAGUCAUUCCCAGCCUGCAAAAUAGAGUUCUAAAUCCAAAAUGGCUCCCAGGUUCACAUCUUUACUCUCAAAUGGUGCUGUAACUUUUGAGAUACUGGUUAUUUGGCUGUGCUGCAGAGAUGUUCUGCCUGAAAUGGUGAAACCCAGAUGUGACUACGCAGUACCACAGAGACAAACAAACAUGUACCAGACUGCCAGAUCAAGUGACUAGAUCACUGAUCACAUUUUCUAUUCAAGAUUUGUAAGUGUCUGUGUGAUUAUCUUUUCUUUUUGAAGACUAAAUGUUUAAGAACAAUAUGAAAAAUGAUCAUGAUGUGCUGUGCAAAACAUCCCUUAGUUGCCAUCUUGAUAGCUUCAAAUCUUCAAAAUACUGUAUAGCAUUCCAUUGAGCCUAGCUAUUUAUUGCAUGUUAUCUUAAGUUUUUUAAACAUAUAGUAUGUAAUAGUUCAUAGUUAUAUUUAAUCAAGUACAAUAUUAAAGAUAAAUAUUUAGAUACUUAUCAUCUCAAUUGUACUAAAAGGCACAUAUAACCAGGCCGACUGUCAUUUCCAGCGUGCAGUGUUGUUAAAAAAAGGUGUACUUUGAUUUCUUUUCUUUUUGUGUGUGUUUGUAUUAUUAUUUAUAUUCUUUUUUUAUGUGCAAUACUUUGUAUCUUUUUAAGCUCUUUAAGUGAGUGCCUACAAAUAUGUUGUAGAAAGUUAAACCCGAUAAUCACUAAUAAAAUAUGUUAAUG